GGCUCCGCCCCAGGCUUCCGCUUUGGCUUCCACGAUUGGGGCAAAUAACUGCCCAUCAGCAGUGUUGCCUGGCAACGGGGGAGGGGCGGUUCCUGAGGGAAACCUGUGAGUUGCUGGACCGGAGCGGACCGAACCGAACUGCGCCAGGAAGCCCGGCCGGAUAAUUCUGCCAGAUACCUGGAGAGAUGGGCAACAGCAGGAGCCGCGUGGGCCAGAGCUUGUGUUCACAGUUUCUUCCUGAGGAACAGGCCGAGAUCGAUCAGUUUUUCGAUGCUUUGUCAUCAGAUAAAAACAGUCCGAAUACCUCGUCCAGAUCCUUCUCUCUGAAGGCACUGCAGAACCACAUCGGGGAAGCUCUUCCCCCAGAGAUGGUCACCAGGUUGUAUGAUGGCAUGCGGAGGGUUGACCUGACGGGGAAGGUGAAGGGACCCAGUGAGAACGUGUCCCAGGAGCAGUUCGCAGCAUCCAUGUCCCACCUGUUGAAAGGAAGCUCUGAGGAGAAGAGUCUCAUGAUUGUGAAAAUGAUUUCUGCCACAGAAGGUCCCGUGAAGGCUAGAGAAGUCCAAAAGUUUACAGAGGAUCUGGUUGGCUCUGUGGUGCACGUGCUAAGCCACAGACAGGAGCUGAGAGGCUGGACCGGGAAGGAAGCCCCCGGGCCCUCCCCACGGGUGCAGGCGCUGACUGCUCAGCUGCUCUCUGAGAUGAAGCUGCAAGAUGGCGAGAGGCUUCUGGGGCCCCAGUGGCUGGACGGUGACUGUGACCGAGCUGUGAUCGAGGACUGGGUGUUCAGGGUCCCCCACGUGGCCACGUUUCUGAGUGUGGUCAUUCGCAAGGGUCUUCUGAUCCUGAGCUCAUCCCUUGAUCUGACUACCCUGAUUCCUGAGCGUCAAGUGGACCAGGGCAGGCAUUUUGAGAGCAUCCUGGACGUCCUCUCUGUUGUGUACAUCAAUGCCCACCUGCCUCGGGAGCAGCAGCACCGCUGGCGCCUGCUCUUUUCAUCUGAGCUCCACGGACACAGCUUCUCCCAGCUCUGUGGCCAUAUCACUCACCAGGGGCCCUGUGUGGCUGUCCUCGAGGACCAUGACAAGCACGUGUUCGGUGGAUUUGCCUCCUGCUCCUGGGAGGUGAAGCCUCAGUUUCAAGGGGACAACAGAUGCUUCCUGUUCUCCGUCUGCCCCAGCAUGGCCGUGCACACACACACGGGCUACAACGACCACUACAUGUACUUGAACCAUGGACAGCAGACAAUCCCAAAUGGACUGGGCAUGGGGGGGCAGCACAAUUACUUUGGGCUUUGGGUGGAUGUUGAUUUCGGGAAAGGACACAGCAGAGCCAAGCCCACGUGUACCACGUAUAACAGCCCGCAGCUGUCGGCCCAGGAGAACUUCCAGUUUGAUAAGAUGGAGGUGUGGGCGGUCGGAGACCCCUCGGAGGCGCAGAUGGCCAAGGGCAACAAGAGCAUCCUGGACGCAGACCCCGAGGCCCAGGCCCUGCUGGAGAUCAGUGGGCGGUCGCGCCACAGUGAAGGGCUCCGGGAAGUCCCGGACGAUGAGUGAGGAGCCGCCUGAGCCGUCUUGGAGCCAGAACCUGGAUUCCUCUGGGUGGAGGGCACUGUCUGCCGUCCCUCUUCCCUCCCCCAUGGUUUAACUGCAAUAGAGUACCACAGGUCAUGACCAGGUAGUCCCAGAUGUGCCAAGAAAAUGCCCUCUGGAGACAUGUUCUGACUGUUGGGUAUAUCUCCCAGAAAUCGAUGUUUGUGUUCUUUUUUGCCAUACAGGGUCACUCUCAGGAUCUCUCCCAGAAAUCUUACCUGUCAAAUUAGUAACUGAAUCUUA